GCGAUAACUUCACGUUGACCUUAAUUAGAGAAGGCCAUCGAAAUUUGAAAAGCAAGAAUGGAGACGAUCAGUGUAUUCUUGUCUUCAUCGUUCUCUCUUCUUCUCAUAUUUAACUUUUUCAACACGAUCAACGGCUCACAAUUCUCGAUCAAAGAAGCUACAAUCAAGGACAUCCAGCUCGCAUUCAUUGAAAACAAACUAACCUCGAAACAGCUAGUCAGCUUCUACUUGAACCAAAUCCAAGAUCUCAACCCUCUGCUUCGCGGCGUACUGGAAAUCAAUCCGGACGCAUUAGAUCAAGCGGAGAAAGCUGAUCAAGAGAGAGAGAGUAAUCAUCGCCGUAGACCAUUAGGGGAGCUACAUGGGAUUCCAGUGCUGUUAAAGGAUAGUAUAGGAACGAAAGAUAAGCUGAACACUACGUGUGGGUCGUACGCGCUGCUUGAAUCGGAGGUAGCGCGUGAUGCCGGAGUGGUGGAGAAGCUAAGAAAUGCCGGAGCUGUGAUUUUCGGGAAAGCUAGUCAGAGUGAAUGGUACGAGAUGAGGUCGCUCAAGAUUCCUAGUGGUUGGUGCGCUAGAGCUGGUCAAGGUGUGAACCCAUAUGUGAAAUGGGGAAAUCCAGGCGGUUCAAGCAGUGGAUCAGCAAUAUCAGUAGCAGCAAACAUGGUGGCAGUAUCACUGGGGACUGAAACUGAUGGCUCGAUCCUUUCCCCAGCUGAUCGCAACUCCGUUGUGGGGCUCAAGCCUACGGUUGGUCUCACAAGCCGUGCUGGUGUCAUUCCAAUUUCUCCUCGUCAGGACACAAUUGGGCCUAUAUGCAGGACAGUAUCAGAUGCAGUUUAUGUGCUUGAUGCAAUUGUUGGUUUUGAUCCAGAAGACUAUGAUGCAACAAAGGAAGCUGCUAAGUUUAUUCCUUCAGGUGGUUAUAAACAGUUUUUAAAAGAGGACGGACUUAGAGGGAAGAGAUUAGGAAUAGUACGAAUUCCAUUUUCAAACUCAGUCAAUGAUUCUACUGUGCUGUCAACCUUCAACUAUCAUCUGGAAGUGUUGAGGAAAGGAGGUGCAACUGUGCUGGAUGAUACUCAAAUAGCGAACAUUGAUGUAAUUAUGGAUUCGAGUCAAAGUGGUGAAGAAAUUGUAAUCUUAGCUGAGUUCAAGCUGAAAAUUAAUCAAUACCUUAAAGGGCUUAUAAAAUCUCCUGUUAGAUCACUUGCAGACAUAAUCGCUUUCAACGCCAAUCAUCCUGAUAAGGAAGACAUGAAACAGUACGGUCAGGAUAUGUUAAUUGCAUCAGAAAUGACAAACGGGCUUGGAAAGGAAGAGAUUGAGGCAAUGAAGUUCAUGGAAAAGUUAUCUAAAGAAGGGUUUGAGAAAAUGAUGAAAGAGAAUAAGUUAGAUGCAAUGGUGACUCUUGGCUGGACUGCUUCUACAGUUUUAGCUAUUGGAGGUUACCCUGCUAUUAGUGUUCCUGCUGGUUAUGACAGUAAUGGAAUGCCAUUUGGGAUCUGUUUUGGGGGCUUGAAAGGAAUGGAACCAAAGCUUAUUGAAAUUGCUUUUGCCUUUGAGCAGGCUACUUUGUCACGCGUACCUCCUUCAUCCUUCGCAAUGGACUUUUAGACGAACAGACGACGGGGGAGUACCUUGGAUCAUAAGAGUACAUAUAGUGGUAGUAAAGUUUGAUUUUUCUGUUUUAAUUUUAUUUUUGGACUAAAACAAAUACGUAACUUUGAGUUAUUUGGUGCAUUUGUUCUUUCUAUUUUGGUAGAUUUCAAGUAUAGUUGUAUUAUUGUACUGACUUGUCAAAGUAGUGAGUUAGUCUUCUGUCUCGUUGCGUAGAUUGUUUGUAAUGGGGUUUUAAUUUCGUCAAGAUUGGAUUUUCUGUAUGCAUAUUCCUUUCAUAGUUUCUAAUUCUAGUGGUUUCCUAAA